AUUCUUCACGUUCUUCAUUUAAUAAUGGAUUCAUCUUUAGGAAUUAAUCGUUAGAAACUAGGAAAAUAAACCGUUCUCGAAAUUAACCAGACCAUUUCAAACUUGUUCUUUCUCUUAUCGCCAGCUGAUUUUACUAUAGUUGUGUAGGUUUUCUUUUUUCCUGAUGAACCUUGAUUCUAAACUCUUCAAUAAAGAGGCAAAUUUUUAAUUUUUAAAAAAUGGAUGGUGAGGAAAGUAUCGAAAACGUUGACGUUCAUUUAGAAGAAGAUGAUUGGCAAGUGACAGACGAUACGCCCUGGUACUUAAGAGGCCCGAAAGUGUUCAAAGUGCCCAGCUUACCAUUUUCCGAUGGAGAUGUCAGUACAGAUACCGACGCUCCGACGAGAAACUUGGCGAAAUACCAGCUUAGGCAGGGUCCAAGUAUGGUCAACCUGGGCCCAGACUACUGGCAAAUCAGAAAACUCAUGAAAUUCAUGAAAGCCGGUGAUGAGUCGACCACGGUUGUUUCAUUGGCCUGCCUGGCCGAUUACGAUUUGAUGAAACCUGAAAAUCAAUAUGCCAUAGUUGACACAGGCGGCAUCGAAAUCCUCAUAAACACCUUGGGGGUCCAGAGCAUAAAAUGUAUCGUAGGUGCGUUGAGGACGAUAAAAGAGCUGAUCAAAAACAAAAAUUUAGCAAUUACACUGAUCAACAUGGGCAUUCUCUGUGAGCUUAUAGCUCUUCUUUGCCACUCAGAAAGCGACAUUAUUAUUUUGACAGUUCAAAUCAUCGAUGUUUUCGCUGAACAGAGAAAAACGAGAACCAUCAUAAGGAAAUUAGACGGCAUACCAAUGCUCAUGGAAAUGGUUGACAUCGACCAGAAGAUUCUUUUUAACAGAAGAGAUAGAUGCCCAAAACACAAACGGCUUUGUUUGGAAAUAGCUAUAACUUCUGUACAUGUUUUGACACAGCUCAGCAAGUCAAGAAAGGUCAGGUCUGUCUUGUAUGAAAACGGCAUACUCAAGGUUUUAAAAGGACUUCUGACCGCCAAAGAAGAAGAGCUAAGAAUAAGUGGACUUAAAAUGAUAACUAACUGUGCAUCUUUGCCUGAGUUUAGAAAAUCAUUUGAAAUAGACAAAACCCUGAAAACAGUGCUUAACCAUUGGAAGGAUCCUGAAAGGGAGGAGCUCGUAUUAAGAAUUAUAUUCAAGUGUAGCGUAAGCAAAAUAGGAAGAAAUCAAGUUGUUGAAUUUGGCGCUUUGGAACGACUCGUGAAUCUUGUCAAGUCCCCGGCUUCUUUGUCGAACCCGAAGACUUUCAAAUACGCGGUCGGAUGUGUCUAUCGCCUUGGCGUCCAUCCUGGUGUAAGAGAUAAACUGAAUUCGUAUCAACUGAUCCCAACGCUUAUCAGGCUGCUAAGCUACGAGAAAGAAAGUGUCCUCAUAUAUAUAACUGGUAUAUUAUCUUUUAUGACGUCAUAUCCAUCAAAUUGGAAGCUGGUGAAGGACAGCGGUGGUUUGGAGCCGUUGAUGCAUAUGUUGCAGUACAAAGCAGAAUCCAAGUUGAUGAGUAAUGUGGCAAGAAUAAUUGGCGACAUAGCCCACGAUCCUUCCAUUAUGAAAGAAAUGACCAACAUGGAGGUCCUGAGACUCCUUUGGUCUUUGUUAAACUCGAAAUCACCGAGAGUGCAGGAGCAGGCUGCACGAGCUUUGGUUCCAGUUAUAAAGCAAACACCUGAUGCAGGUGAAGAGAUUAGAAAUUUAUCAGGCGCGUUGGAUAUUAUUAUGGGCCUCCUGGAUUCUGACGAUUUGGGUGUUGUCGCAGGCGGUUGCGAGACCCUUGCCAAAGUCGCCAUGAACCCUGAAAACCUCGGCAUACUCACGCAAAUGGGAAUAGUUCCAAAAAUCUGCGAGCUGGUCAACGUCCAAAGCGACGUUCUGCGUGAAAGCCUCGGUGUGGUGAUUGCCGGAGUGGCCAGCGAUCCUAAAGACAGCUUCGAACUAGGAAGGCUCGGCUGCAUAAAGCCCCUUGUACAGUUCUUAGGAUCAUCUAACAUCCAAGUUGUCAUUUCCGCAGCAUAUGCACUAUGGAAACUUAGCUACGAUCCCAUCAACUGCAUUUCGCUUCACCAAGCCGGUGUUGUGCCUUUCUUGAUUCAAUGCGUUAAAUCGGAAAACAAAUCAUUGCAAGAAGCAGCAGGGGGAUGCUUGUACAACAUAAGGAACUUGGCCCACGACACGGAAGAAAUGAAGUGCUUCACGUUGCAAGACAGAGCACGGACCAUGUCCGAAUUCAAAGCUAGAGAGUCAGUUUUCAUACCUCGUCCCGCCUACCCCGAUGACGUUGAGUAUUAACAAAAUUACAUCGUCGUAAAUUCA